CUGAUGACAUAAUUGUGGGUGGGUGGGUCCAUCAGUGGGAGUCCACAUUUGUUCCAUUAUUGCUCACGUUGUUUUUGUUGCACAUUGAAAUCAUCUGCAUUUUUUCUCUUUUUUCUUGCUCCUUUUUUUCCCUUUUUUCUUUGUUUGCGUGUGUUUUAUUCUUCUCCUUAUGAGAUUGAUUCCCACUGAAAUUGUUGUCCACAUUUUAAAAGAGUUAGAUGACGAAAAGGAUUUGAUUCAAUGCACACAUGUCUGUAGACAAUGGAGUUACCAUGCUCUAGAACAGCUUUGGUAUAAACCCAACAUCACACGAUCACCACGCUGUCUUUCCUUUUUUAAUACACUACAACUCAAACAACAUUCAUUCCCAUAUACCUCCUUUAUUCGCAGGAUCAACCUGGCACCGCUUGCUUCUCUUGUGAACGAUACACAUAUUGCCUCACUCGCCAACUGUCAACGGCUUGAGCGAUUGACGCUUGCAAACUGUUUCCAUAUUACCGAUGUCGGAUUGUGCAAUCUGAUUGAUGUCAGAACGGGCAUAGGCCCAGAAUUGGUGUCUAUUGAUCUAACAGAUGUACUCAACGUUACAGACAAAACCAUACUCAAGAUUGCAAUAUGUUGCCCAAGAUUACAAGGGCUGAAUUUGAGCAUGAGUCGGCCACAUUUUGAUAUUACCGAUGUUGGUAUCGUUGCUCUAGCUCAACAAUGCCCAGAAUUGAAAAGAAUCAAGCUCAACAACUGUGUGACCAUCACUGAAAAGUCGUCAAUUGCUCUUGCGCUCUAUUGUCCUUACCUUGUCGAAGUCGACCUCAUGAACUGCGGCGUGACAGACCGUACGCUGCAAGCAUUAUUUUCUCAUUGUCGUGACCUGCGUGAACUUCGAUUAAAUCAGUGCGAUGCAGCCGAGAGUUUAUUGACCGAACGAGUCUUUCUGGAUUCGGCUCUUGCGAAUAACCCAAGUUAUUACGAACAACUUCGCCUUGUCGAUCUAACAGGCAUUUCGUCCAUCAAUGAUCACUCUAUUGCGAUCCUUGUCGAAGCAGCGCCUCGGAUUCGAAGUUUGGUUUUGAACAAGUGCUUCAAGGUAACAGAUGAAGGCAUCCUCUCUGUCUGUAAAUUAGGCCGAUAUCUUCACUACCUUCACCUUGGCCACUGCUCUCAGAUCACAGACCGCUCCAUCACCAAGCUGGCAACAGAAUGCAACCGGAUCAGGUACUUGGAUAUGGCUUGUUGUAUCGACAUCACAGAUAAAUCCGUCGUUGAACUCGCAAAGAACUUGACAAAGCUGAAACGUAUCGGUCUAGUUAAGUGCUCCAAUAUCACAGACGCUGCUAUUCAAGCUCUCUCUUACCAUUCCAUGAGUCUUGAGCGAGUUCAUCUGAGCUAUUGUGUCAAGUUGACCGUGCCUGCCAUCACUCGUUUAUUACACAGGUGUAGGUACCUCAAUCACCUCUCGUUGACACAUGUACCUGCCUUCUUGAGGGAAGACUAUCAACAGUUCUGUAGACCACCGCCUAGUGAAUUCACCGAACUACAAAGACAAACAUUUUGUGUUUACAGUGGAAAAGGCGUUCAAGACAUUCGUAAUUAUUUAUUAUCGCUUUACGAUUAAAAUAAAAAACGGAGCUUCAAUUUCAAAUUUAACUGUUGAACCUCUUCACUUAUUUUCUCUCUCUCUUUUUGUCUGCAUCCAUCCAUCCAUCCAUCAAAUGGGCGCCUACAAAUACCUUGAAGAACUUGCCAGAAAGAAACAAUCUGAUGUUUCUCGCUUCUUACUUCGUGUUAGAUGUUGGGAAUAC